GCGUAGAAGAAGAAGAAGGAGGAACACGUGACUCGCGCUAACUGGAUGGCAAGAUGGCGGUGGUAGUGCGGAGCUUGCAAGACCAGCUUGAAAAAGCAAAAGAAAGCCUGAAGAAUGUGGACGAUAAUAUCCGCAAACUAACCGGACGGGACCCGAAUGAAUCAAGGCCGGGGCAGGUCCGUCGUCUCGGCGGCCCCAUGGCAGGCCCCGGAGGAGGAGGAGGAGGAGGAGGUAGAGGCAGAGGAUUCAACCUGCUCAGGCGUAGUCUCUCAGACAUGGGAAGCGGCGGCCCUCCUGCCAAGCAGAGGGACAUCGAAGGAGCCCUGCUGAGGCUGGCGGGGGACCAGAGGGCCAGGAGAGACGCGCGUCACGACAGCGACGCCGAGGAUGAUGACGACGUCAAAAAACCGGCGUUGCAGUCGUCUGUAGUAGCUACCUCCAAGGAGAGAACACGCAGAGACCUCAUUCAAGAUCAAACCAUGGAUGAGAGGGGCAAACAGAGGAAUCGGCGUAUGUUCGGCCUGCUGAUGGGGACCCUGCAAAAAUUCAAACAAGAGUCUCACGUUUCCACAGAGAAGCUAAAGCGACGUACAGAGAUCGAGCAGAAGCUUGAGGUUCAGGCUGAGGCUGAAAAAAAGAAGGUGGAGAGUGACAAGAGGGAGCUGUUUGAGGAGAGGAGAGCCAAACAGACUGAGCUGAGACUACUGGAACAGAAAGUGGAAUUGGCUCAGCUGCAAGAGGAGUGGACCGGCCACAACAAUCGUCUGGUGAAAUACAUCCGUACCAAGACCAAGCCUCAUCUCUUCUACGUACCCGGGAAAAUGUGCUCCGCCACACAGAAACUCCUCGAUGACUCCACCAAGAAACUAAAUGCCGUGUUUGAGGAGAGGCGUGAGGCUUUUGCCGAACACCUCACCAAGAUGGAGUCCCGCCCCCGGCGGCAACCAAACCGCGACCAGGAUGGAAACGCGGCAGCAACAGGGAUGGACCACUCGGCGGAGGGUAAGCCAGCGGGUCAGGUAGUCAAGGUGACAGGUAACAAGGGGGAUGCAGAGAUGGAGGAAGAGGAGGAGGAGGAUGACGAGGAGGAGGAGGAGAGGGUAAGGGUAAGGGUAAAGGUGGGUGAUAGAAAGGUGACAGAGAAGGACAACAAGGGGGAGGAAGAAAAGAAUGAUGUGUUGAAGAAGGAAGAUGUAGAGAUGGUGGAGUUGAUUGAGGAGGGGUGUGAGGAGAAAGAGGUAGCAGGGGAGGUGGUUAAAGAGGUAGAGGACAAGGGGGAGAAGGGAGAGAAGGAGGCCAGUCCAGAGUCAGAGGAGAUGGAGGUGGAGGGUGGGCCAGAGCAGGUAGACGGGAAUAAGGGAGGGGAGGAAGAAACAGACAGUAAACAGGGACCCACAGACCUCCAACCUGAGAAGAUCCAGGACACCCAGUCCUCUGAACCAACCCCAGCCAGCCAAGAAGCACCGAUCACCAGUCACAAGCCCCAGCUCAGCCACACUGCAGGGGAACCGGCAGUAAAGUCCUCCGAGACCCAGGAAUCCUCUCCAACCCCAGAGCCCCAAACAGCCUCCAAGGAGCCUGGGCAGGAUUUCAUCAUCAUCCCUGGCCCCGAGGUCCAGAACCCGGCAGCACAGAAGCAGGCCGUGGAAGAGAAACCAGGGGACGAAGCACCCCCUAAACUGCCCGAUCCCCAGGAGGCCCCCAGCAUCACCCCCGCACCCUCUAAGGGGGAGGAGGACGGCAAGAGAGGGAGGAAGAAGGAAAAGGAGCCAAAGAAGGGCCGCGGUCAUAGUAAAAGCUCCUCCUCUUCCACCUCCGGCUCCUCCUCCAGCGGAAGCUCCUCCUCGUCCUCAGGAUCCAGCCGCUCCUCCUCGUCCUCCUCAUCCUCCACUUCCUCAUCGUCCAGCAGCCGGAGUCGCAGCCGAGACAACGGCAAGCGCAAGAGGAGGCCGUCAGAAAGGGCCAGGGAUCGGAAGAAAGGAGAGGAGAAAAGCCACCGCAAGAGAGGAGGGAGCAGCGGAGGAGGGAGGGACUCAAAGGGGUCCAAGGAGAGGAAGAAGAGGAGCGAGGAAGGGAGGGGCAGGUCUUCCCGGAGCGAUAGGGAGCAUAAAGAUAGAGACAGGAAGGACAAGAGACGCUGAUCUGGUGGCGAACGCAGGAAAAAACACUGAGGGGAGAAUCAACUAUUUACUUAAUGACACAUGAAGAGUUUUUAAACUAGCAUUAUCUCUUAAAAUGUCACAAAGGCCUUUUUGAGGUUUUAACAUGAUUUUAUUUUUUUUCUUCUCAGUGUAGGGAUUUACAAGUUGAUGUCAAAAAGGAAUUGAAAACAGCGGAUGGCUGGUUGUAAUUUUACCUUUACUUGGCAAAAGAAUUGUAAACCGGAGUCUUAGUCAGUGGAGCUUCCGUCUCUAAUUGGACGCCUUACUAAACAGCUAUGAGACGGGCGAGAUUAUUCCAGACUUCACUUAGUCCUGUCAUUUUACCUUCGUCCUGACUGAGUUUUAAAAAGGUCCGUGUGACGCUAUGAUAUAAGGAUUGUGUUGAAUGUUAACGGUUGUCAUCCUAAUCAUAAUGCCACAGGCUGGGGUGUUGGUGGUUAUGCUAGCGGUAACCAUUAACUAGUGUUUCCAAGUUGACAUGCAACGCGGCUCAUCCUCUAUUUCCUCCAUUUGAUCAAUGUCAAGGCCCUUGUAUCUUCGUCACGUGGGUACAUGUGUGAAUUAGCUCAAAUGCUGGUUUUUGAAAAUGUUUUUUCCAUUUUUUUGUACCGACCAAAAAUGUGCUUCAAAUUAAAGGUGAGAUAUUAGUUGA